AUGAUUCAUCUUCUCGGGUCUAAUAUAAAAGCUAUAAAUAAACGUGAAUCAAGUUUAGACCCUUCCAAUACCUCUCAGCUAAGUAGAAAAUUACUAAUUAAGGGUAAAAUUUCUCAGCACAACAUAAAGGUGGAGAGCUAUAAUUAGGAGAGCAACAUGAAUCAACAGCGAUUGAAUGAACGACUUGAAAAGAAUUUUAACCGAUAGCUUAUGGAGACUCACCAGAACAGAAAAGAUCAUUAGAAAAUUAAGACACUUGAAAUUGAUGGAAGCAAUGCCAAAGAGAUUGAAUUAGAUAGAUAUCUCUCUUCACUAUAUGCUACAGGUCCUAUAUUUGUGGGAAUGCCUUAAAUGAGAUUCAAUGAGAAUAGACUGUCUUGGAAAAAAUUGAUGAACGACAUGAUUAACUUUUAUGCUCCUGAAAUUCCUUACAAUUAUUUUCAAUAGAAAAGAAUGCAAAAGCAUAAUGAAAUUGAUGUUGAGAAAUUUUCAACGUCAAACACAUUUAGAAAGAAGAAACAAAUGAUGCAGAAGGCUUUGAAAUCUUAGGAUUACUCAAUCUCUUCCUAAAUAACACCAAUAGAUAAAGUCAAACAUCCGAUAGGCAAGAGUAAUCUGGAUAAAAAAUUAUUAAACUUAAAAAAAUAAGCAAAUUUAAUCAAUGACACUCACUCAGAUCCUGGUUUUUCAAGUAAGACUGGCAAUAGAAGAUAAUUUAUGUUUGAUGAAAGAGAUUUAAUGAUGAGAAGGCAAUCUUGCUAGUGUCUACGAUUCUGCGGUGCAAGAGCCAUACACCACAAAGGUGAUUUUAUAGCGUUUAAGAGGCCCUCUACUCCUAUUAAGCAAGGAUAGUUAUUUGGAAAUUAAGAUGGAGGAGGACUAAAUCCCAGAUAGAAUUCUAAUAACAGACUAAAGUUGACAUCACCAAAUAGAGAACCACUUCUCGACUCACCCUUAAGAUCCAAGUUAAAACAGGAAUAUCUAAGAGUUGAAAGAAAAACAGUUCAUCUUAAAGUAAAUCCACUGGAGAAGCAGCCUGAAAUUAUGAAGAAAAAAACAAAUAGAUUUAGCAACUUAGAUGAGAAUUCAAAUGAUGAUAGCAGCCACUCAAGAGUCUCAUCUCUUGCAAGUUCAUAAAGAGAAUUAUUAGAGUAAAAGAGCUUUCGGACAACUAACUAUUAAUCAUUAUCAACUCCUCUUUCUACUUAUGCAAGAAUACAUAACUUGAAAGGUCUAUUGAUAAAAAAUGAAGAUCCAAAUAACAAUAAACAUCUCAGACCAUCACUUUAGGAAUAGAUGAAGAGCAAUGUGCUGAAAGCAUAUGUAAAUAUUCGUACUCCCAAAAAAUCUAAAAAUAAAAAAUCAAUAGAGAUAAUCAACGCUGAUCUCUUGCCUUAUGCUAAGCCUCAAACUGCAUUUACAAUAAGAACUGUAACUCCAGAUGCAGCCAAAAAUAUUUUAAUGAGCAGGAAAAUACGCUCUAGUUAGACCUAAUUCAGACAAUCCUACGAAUAACUUUUUGGGGAAUUAAACACAAAGACACUCUCUUUACAAUCUUUUGUACAACAAUACAAACCUUUAAAAGGAUGA